CGGUGAAAGUGACCGGGCGGGGGAGGUGCGCAGCGCCCGUCACGGCCGGUAUCUGCGCAUGCGUGGCCUUUUGGUAUAUAAGUAAAGGUAGCGGUUACUCUUGGACCUCAGGAGUGCACCAUGAUACGUCGAGUUACAACACCCCUUCUCGCCCUCUUCUUGGUGGGAUAUGUGUCUGCUCAAGCCCCGAACCUCUUCGAGACAGCUGAACUUGAUGUAGAUUACUACUGCUCAGGGCGCUUCGAGAAUGAGUUCUUCAGGAUAGAGCUGGACCCCGAUGCCACCGAUGAAGACUACAACCAAAAAUGCGGCGAGUACUACCGUUGCAUCCCAGCUCCUGGAGGCAAGAAGGCCCUCAGCAAGGGUACCUGCCAGACCAGCAUGGCCUUCGAUAUCAAACUGCAGAUUUGCCAGAUCAGAAGAGAAGUCAAGAACUGUCACCUUGUAAACAAACCAAGAGACCCCGUCCCUCGCUGGCCACUUGUUGAUGGUGAGCAGUCUAACUGCCCAGGAACUGACAUUGAAUGUGGUUCAGGAGAGUGCUUGGGUAAGGAACGCUUCUGUGACAACCACCCUGACUGCGCUGAUGGGUCUGAUGAAAACAUCUGCACCCCUGAUAAGGAUCCCAACCGCGCUGAUGUAUGUGAUCCAAGAGCCUGCCGAUGGGAACAAGGAUGCUUCUGCUCUGUUGAUGGAACUCGCAUCCCAGGUGAACUUCUCCCAUCUCAGACCCCACAGAUGAUCACUGUUACUUUCACUGGAGCCAUCAAUGAACGUAACUUCAGAAUCUUCCAGGACAUUUUCAAGGAUACCACCAAGAACAAGGGUAAUGACUGCACAGCCAAGGGUACCUUCUUUGUAUCUCAUGCUUUCACCAACUAUUCUGCUGUUCAAGAACUCCACCGCAAGGGACACGAAAUUGCUGUUAACUCCAUCACCAGCAACAAGGACCCAUACUACUGGACUAACCUCACUGCUUCUGACUAUGAAGCUGAAAUGGACGGAUCUCGUCUCAUCAUCGAAACUUUUGCCAACAUCACCUCCGGUGAAAUUUUGGGUCUCCGUGUUCCUAACGGUCGUGUUGGUGGAAACCAGCAAUUCCAGAUGAUGGUUGACUGGGGCUUCUUGUAUGACUCUUCUAUUGCUGCUCCGCUUGGACGUCUUCCACUUUGGCCUUACACUCUUAUGCAUCGUAUGCCCCACAAAUGCCUGGGUACUGACCAGAAUUGCCCAUCCCGUAACUUUACUGUCUGGGAAAUGGUAAUGAAUGAGCUUGAUCGUCGUGACGAUCCCCAGUUUGAUGAGCGACUGACAGGUUGUCACUAUGUUGAUCAGUGUGCUAACAUCAAUGACCCCAAGCAAUUCCGUGCUUUCUUGGAACACAAUCUUGCUCGUCACUACAGCACCAACCGUGCUCCUCUUGGUCUUCAUUUCACAGCUGCCUUCUUUGAAACUCGCAAGGACUUCUUGAAAGAGUUCGUUAGCUGGGUUUCUGAAACUGCCAAGAGUGGUGAGUACUACUUUGUCACCAUGCAGCAGGUCAUCAACUGGAUGGAACUCCCAACCGAAAUCGCUGCUAUCCAGAACUUUGGUGAAUGGAAGGGCAAAUGUGAGGCUCCGGGGCUUCCCUACUGCUCACUUCCUAACCCAUGCCCAAGCAAGGUACCUCGUCUCUUCCCUCACGAAGAACAAAUGUUCCUCCACACCUGUGAAGAGUGUCCGCGCACAUACCCCUGGCUGUAUGACCCAUUGGGCAACGGAUUCAGUGAUUUCUAAAACCUUUCUCUUGAUCUUUUCUCUAAUACUUACCCAAUCUCAUAGUAUUCAUAAAAAAUAGAUUGCAUCCAAGUUUCCUAAACUUUUUCAUACAUGUUACUUAUGUCUCUCUAAAAACAAUACCAUUAUGCCUGUGAUAAACAGACAGUAACAUAAGAUUCCUGAAUACAGACGUAAUCACUAAAUCUAUAGAGAUUCAUUACUGAAGUUCCCUCUUCACAGUCGUCUUUCACCCCUUUUCAGCCUAGAUGAAAAUAAAUGAUGAUCUCUGAAUCAGUUCUUUAGAGAGAAAAAUGCUGUUUUUAUGAUUCUCUUCUGCCUCAGAGACAACAGUAUUCGGGACACGUACUAACUCUUCUUUGUCCUGCCUCUUGUAAGUUGAGUGUCUGACUCUGUACUACGUGUUGUACACAUGACUAUUACUGUUGUAUUAUAGUGUACAGUUAUUUCUUGUUAUUCGUUUAAAGUAUUUCCAAUUAAAUAAACAUUUUUAAAAGGAAA